AUGCAUAUCAGAAAGAUCUCCGCCAUCAUCGCCCAGGUCAGCCUGACGUCGGCCAGUGUUCUGGCUGGACACGACAUGGGCAAGCGCGACAGCUGGGAAGACGCCAAAGCAUUCGCACUCCCCAAGGCAAGCGAGGCAGCGGCCAAGUUCAACGCCGCCCCCGAGGCCAUGAUCACCCCCUCCCCUGUUGUUUCGAAGCGCCAGUUCUUCGGCGGCAUCCGUCCAGACGCCGAGUUCGAAAUCAGCCGCCAGCAAGGUCUCGCCGCUGCCCAGGCCGCCCAGGAGCGCGUCGACAGGCUCACCAAUGACUUCAACUCACGCUUCCCUCCCUUCUUUCCCGGGUUCCGCAACAACGGCUACAACAACAAGCGUGGCGACGAUAUGGACCAGGGCCAGCAGUACAAUGAUGACCCUGACCGGUGGGAUGACAACAAUGGGGUUUACCAUUCGUAUUACUCUGGGGCUGCUGCGGGUUAUGCCUCUGCUGCCAACGAAGGUGCUUACAAGGACGCCAACCAGGCUCAGCAGGGCUGGCAGAGUGGUGCGCCUGACUGGCAGGCUCAUGCCUCGAGCUGGGCUGGUUAUGGGGAUUAUGCUGCUGCUUCUGCUCAUGGUCUGGCUAGUGAGGCGGUUGCUUCUGCGAAUGGUGUUGCUGCUACUGCUGCUGCCGGGUAUGGUGAUGGGGACUGGGAGGGGGAUGUUGCUUCUGCGCAUGGCGUGGCUAGUGGUUAUCAGUCUGAGUAUUACCAGGGGGGUGUUGCUAGCCCUUCUGGGGUGCAGCCCACGGCUUCUGCUUCGCAUGGUACGCAGAUGGUGCAGGUUAAUGAGGGGGCGGCUGGGGUGUCGGGGGGGAGGGCGGUGGGGGUCGUUGUUGGGGUGGCGGGGGUUGUUUUUGGGAUGUUGUAA